AUUGGACUGAGUAGCCCGGCCUUCUGGUUAAGUGCAAUGGCGGACAGAACAUCACAACCAAGCAGAAAAAGUAAGAAAAGAUCGAAAAAUAAGAAAACAAAACACCUAAACCCUGUUACAUUUACGACUUCAAACAUAAGGAAAGAUAAUAACCUUAUAAAUAAGUAUCAUGCUUUGGUGAAAAUUCAAGAAUCAGUAAAAAAAGCAAGGGGACUUACAAAACAGGAGCGCGAGUAUAAACUCAAGGAUUUGAAUUCUAAAAUAGACAAACUUGGAGGYAUUAAUGCUUACCAAAAAGCUUCCAAGCUCGGAGAGAAACAUUCUGGAGGUUUUAACAGCGCCAAGUGGGUGGUGAGCAAGUUAAAAGAACACAAUAUUCGUGGUUGUGGUGGUAAAUUAAAGUUACUUGAUGUCGGAGCUCUGUCUUGUAACUACACGAAAUACAAAGCUUGGAUUGACUGUACUGCUAUCGACCUUAACCCCCAGAAUAGCUCAAUCAUCAAAGCAGAUUUUUUAACCCUCUCCUGUCGUAUACAAUAUGAUGUGGUGGUGCUGAGUCUCGUAAUUAACUUUGAAGGCGAUUGUCGUCGCCGUGGUGAUAUGCUAAGACUUUGCUCAAAGAUUGUCCUUAAAAAAGGCAUAUUGUUCAUAGUAUUGCCCCUUCCAUGCGUGGAGAACUCAAGGUUUCUUAACAAGGAACUUUUUAUAUCGAUGACAGUCAGUUUAGGGUUUACUGUUGUUUCAGAGCAUUGCUCAAGCAAACUUUACUUUGUAAUGCUUAAAAACAAUGGAGAGUCAAUCAUGAAGGAAUUUCCGAGGAAAACACUCAAAUCUGGGAAUAGUUACAAUAACUUUGCAAUUAUAUUUUAAUAGAUUAAUUGUCUGAAGUAUGUACUAGUGUAGGAUAUCCUAUCAGUAGCCUUAAAGCCUGUUACUGAAGUCCGAGUUUAGUUUGCUUUCAAAAACCUUUUUGAGUCAGAUCAAAUAAAUGGUUGUAGGUUGGUCUAUUCAUUACGAUGUAAGUGCUACUUCAACCUAAAAGAUAUUUAUUUUCGUCAAGCUUUCGUUUUUUCAUUCAGUCUUGAUAAUGGCUCGGUGAGCCGAAAGCUUGACGAAAAUAAAUAUCUUUUAGGUUGAAGUAGCGCUUACAUCGUACUUUUUGAGUCGCUUUUGGAUAUGAUAUUACCUAUUAAAUUUGCUUAUGUUGUUUUCAAGCUUCCUCUAGUUUGUGAUAUAAUACCAGUGGGGGCCAACUUGAAUGGUAUGCUACUUUGGCACACAAACAUUUCUUAACUAUGACAAGUGUUUUAAUUGAAAAGGAAAAGAAAGCAAUAGAAAUAUGA